AUGUCAGGAUCUCCGCUUGAAAAAAUUAAAUCUGUGUUCCAAAAAUCUUCUCACGUGGGGAAAUAUUCUGACUCAGAGAAAUCCUACUCCAAUAGAAGCAACAGCAAUGGAAAUAGCAGUGUUGAUAGUAAUUCCCAGCUCCAUGAAUUUGAGGAGCCACCGCUAACUCCAUUGAGUUUAAGUGGAUACAAAUCCACUACGAAACAUAGGCUUUUGAAUCCAGAAUUGGCAGAAGAAAUUCGGCAACAUAUCCCUUCUCUAUUACAAAUCAAUCAUAAAUGGCAGCUCCUUUAUUCUGUUGAGCAGAGUGGAACUUCCCUGCAUACCUUGUACAGCAAUUGCCAUCCCCUGUUUGGUGAAAAUAUGAAUCGAAGGAGGGGAUACAUUUUAGUGGUCCAAGAUACCCGAAAGAAUAUUUUUGGCGCUUACUUGAAUGAUUAUUUGAGGCCACUUGAAGGGAAAUACUACUACGGGAAUUGCGAUUGCUUUCUUUGGAAACUGCAGAAGGGUAAAGUCAUGCAUUUGAAAAGCAACAAUUCUACAAUAAGAUCGCAUGAAGGGGAAACGGCAAGAAAAGAAGCACAUCAUGGCAAUGAUGGUAGAGAAGAAGAGGAAGUGAUGAACUUGAAAGUGUUUCCAUAUACCUCUUUGAAUGACUUCAUAAUCUAUUCCAACAACGAAUUUAUUAGCGUAGGAUCUGGCGAUGGUAAAUUUGGGCUUUGGAUAGAUUCGAAUUUUGAGGUUGGUGCUUCAGAUACUGUAGAGACAUUUGGGAACGAGCCUUUAAGUGACCAUAAAAAGUUUCAUAUUCUUGGACUAGAGGUCUGGAAGGUCAGCUGA